UUCCGGGGCGGUGCUCGGGCGGUCCCCGGGCGGUUCCGGGGCGGUCCCGGGGCGGUGCCGUGGCCGGCCCGGUCGCGCCAUGGCCGCCGCUGCGGGGCUGGCGCUGCUGGCGGCGCUGCUGGCGGCGGCCGGGGCCGAGCGGGGCCGGAAGGUGUCCAUGGAGUACAACCCUGGCUGGAACAGCUCCUCUGUGAACCUGCUGCACGUGCGGGCGGUGGGGCCUGAGGACAGCCUGCACUACGUGUGGAGCAGCAUCGGGGCCCCUUCUGUGCUCUUGGUGGCCACCCAGAGCCCCAGCAGUGCCCUGAGGGUCAACUGGACCCAGCUGCUGUCACCCAAUCCUGCUGGAGCCAUCUGGAUCGAGCCUCCUGACAGCGUGGUCUAUUCCACGGCCGUGGUCUUCACCAAGCUGUUCGAGUUCAGCGAGGCCAAACCUUUGGGAGAGCUCUUCUACCCCACCUAUGACCUGUCAGAGUUCUCCUGGGACAGCCUCAACCACACCCUGAACCACACGGCGCUGACGGCCGAGCUCAGGGGGGUCCCGGCCACCGACCCCAGCGGUGCUUUCUCCAACGGCAGCCUGGCAUUCCGGGUGACAGCCUACGAAGGCAGUGGCCGUGCGGGCCCCCUGCCCAGCCUGCUGCACACGGCGGACAGCUCGCAGCUGGAGUUCGUCCUGGCCGGGGUGGCGCCCCGCGGGAACGGCUCCCGCUUCCUGCUCCAGCUGGCCACGGUGGAGCCGGCGGGGGCGGCGCGGCGCCUGCGGGCCCUGAGCUCCAUCGACGACGAGUACACGCCCAGCAUCUUCCAGGUGCUGUCCCUGCUCGCGGAGCCCCGGAACGGCAGCUCCCCGCUGGCUUUCCUGCAGUGGAAGGCCACGGCCUACGGCUCGCCCAGCCCGCGGCGCGAGGACGGCAUCCGCUGCCGGGCCGGGGGCCUGCGCCAGGCCAACGGGAGCCUGCCCGUGCCCGCCGUGCUGCGGGCCUACUUCGGGGACACCUUGGGCAGCAGCUGCACCGUCAGCGCCCUCAACGUGUCCUUUGGGGGCGAGGAGGGACAGGUGUACCAGGAGAAGAGGUACCUCAGCUGGUCGGUGCUGCUGGGCUUUGGGGAGCCCCCCCAGGACACCUUCUCCCCCCUGGUGAUCUCCAUCACGGCCGUGGCGCUGGGCACCCCGCUGGCCGUGCUGCUGCUGGGCAGCUGCCUGGUGCUGCUGGCACAGAGGAGACGCUACUCCGAGUACGAGCCCAUCAACUGAGGGGGCUGGGCCCCGGAGACCCCCGGGAUCCUCCUCCCCUCCCAUUCCUGGGUCCUCCCAUUCCCAGGAUUCCCGGAUUCCCCUCUCGGGAAUGGCUGUGGCUGCUGCCGCCCCCUCUGCGUCCCCUCUGCCCCCCCGAGGGGACCAGGGUGACACUUGCAGCUGCCCACCCCCACUGUGUCCUUCCCCCCGCUGCCACUCCUGCACUCCCUGCCCGGAUUUUUCCUGAUCCACGCAGCAAAGGGAAGCGAUGGGGGGAGCUUGGUCGGGAAAAUCCUUCUUCUGCUCCUCCUCUUCUUCCUCCUCCUUUUCCUUUUCUCCUUCUCUUCCUCCUCUUCUUCUUCUCCUCCUCCUCCUCCUUUUCCUCUUCUCCUUUUCUUCUCCUCCUCCUUUUCUUCU